UCUCAUUCCAAUUCUAGCCUUCUUCCGUACGUUCAAAAAUCUAGUAAAAUUUCUUGAAUAUUUUCGAACAUUUUUCGUCGCUUUUAAAAUAAGUCAAUUUUUUUUUUGUUUUCAACUUUUAUUUGAAUCUAAGAAAUUAUGGACCAAAACAUAGAGAUCGACUAUGCCACAUACGCCCAGCUGGCGGACUCGAUGAACAUGCUGGCACCCGAGGCAUUCUAUCCACCCGCACAAAUGGGUGGCAUGCAACUUGCCGGCAACGUGGGACAACAAGGAAACACUGGACUCUUUGGUCAGGCCAACGGCGGGGGGAACUUUGGCCAGGGCGGGGCAGGCAGCGUUAAUUUCAACAUGAAUUUGCCCCAGCGAAAUCUCAACUAUGGCCAAGGCCAUGGAAACCCCAGGCAGAUCUUCAGCAAUCCGAAUCCGAUGGGUUUCCACAACGAUCCCAAUAUACCCCCGGGAUUGGAGGAUCUCUCCGACAGCUUCCGUGCCAAUCCCAAUGGCCCAAUGUACGUUCAACCCAUAAGUGCUGCCCAGUAUCGCCGCAUGGCUCUCAUGUACCAGAAUGCCCGUCAAAUGUUGGCUCGCAAUGGAUUGCAUGGCCCCACCGAUCUGCCACGCUUGAGUGGCGGCGAUGCCAGCAUUACCUUUCCCGUUCGUGAACGUCUCAACCCAAGUAAUGGCAGUCGUGGCAGUCGUCGUAGGCUCUUUUGAUCUGAUUCUGAAGAAUCCAAAUUAAUCAAUAAAAGUUCGAAAAGACAUAAAAAUAUAUAUAAUAAAAAAAUCGAAGCAGA